UGAGUUAACCUAACCCACGACCCCACAACGAUACAACGCACUGCUCGUGCUACAGUAAAGAAAAGACCGGCGAUCGAUGGCCGCGGCGGCGCUAGGGUUCGCGGCGAGGAAGAUUGGCGGCCAUGCGCUCCGGCAGACGCAGGAGACGGUAGUAUCGCGGCUCUCGCCGGCCGUCGAGCUGGGGCAGCGGCAGCUCGUUCCAAGGUUCAUCCACACCGAGCAGCAAACUCACAGUCGUGGGGGCGAGAAGGAGCGCGUCCUGAAGCGAAUCCAGAGGAUGAAGGAGGAGUUGUACGACGAGAUGGCGGAAGCGGACGAGAUGUACGGCAGAGACAAGGACCCCGAAUGCCGGAUGAACAAGCAGCUGCUCCGCGAGCUCACCGACCACGUCUGCAGGCGUAACUCCGGCGACGCCGUCUGGGACGCGGCUCGGUCGGCGAAAGCUACGGGACGAUCUGGUGGGUUUCAUGGGCAUCGUAGCCCUGUACACCGGGGCGAGCUGCUUGCUCGAGGAAGCGGCGAAGCGGGUGUGGGCGGCCUUCUUCUCUAAGCGAUGAAGCCAAUGUCUAUCAAAAAUUUCGAGUUUGUAUUUUCUGGUAACUAGAAAAAAACUCAAGAUUUUGAGUUGGCUAUGAUUCUACCUAUUAUCCAAGAGAGUGAAUUUUUAGGUCCCGGGUGCCUAGACACCCGGUUAUCAUGACCAUCCAAGCAGUACCCAGCCCAUUGGGAUAUGUGCGGGUCUCUGCACCACGGUUUGGAUUUGCAGGCUAGGUGAAUAGUAAGCGCAGUAGACUGAAAUUAUUUGAAACGCAUCUGGGCUAGAUCGCUACUGUUUAUCAUAGGCAGAAUCCAUAGCCUCUGUCACCAGCCAGUCCACAUGGAUAUUGACAUGGUUGCAUCCCAUUGAAAGAGAUGAUAGACAUGUCGGCCCGUGUUUCAAACCAACGACAAGACCUCACCCCAAGCCUGCGUUGGUCUUCAACCCCUCGCAGAGAAACACACCACCCGUCGUGGGUGCCAAUGGAAUCCACGCAGAUCGGCGAAGAUGGCAUGGCAUAGUGCUGGGACGCAUUGAUUCCAACCAUGGCCAUGUCUCUCCGAUCGAAGUAAUAGAGGGACCUGCGGCUGUUCAUGGUCUAGAAAUUCUCGGAUCAAUCAUCCCUGAUCUGGAAACUGAAGCAAUCCCCUGAUCUGAAGUGGUAGGUUGUGACGUGUCCGAUCUCUUCCCGCAUGGCGUCCUAGCAGUGAUGCACAGAACGGCGGCCGUGGAGAUGCGAACACUAGCCGUAUCAAGCAACGGGAGGUUGGAACGCAGGUACCGGAUUCAUAAUGGACUUGCAGCCAGAGCAACCCCGAGCAAACUGAGCACGAUUGAAAGACGUCUCCUAAAGUCUGAAGCAAGCACGCACACCUGACACUUUUGCUCCUGUAGAUGGCAUGUCGUUUGAUUCAUGCCAAGAAGUGUACGAACAGUAUAACCUAUAUGCUUGGGAGAACGGAUUCGGAAUUCGUCAUGCAAAAUCCAGAUGGGGAGAUGGGCGGCCUUACCAGCUGAUGCACGAAAUUGUUUGCUAGUGCCAGGUCAGUUACAUAGCGUCAUGCUUGAAGGUUCAGUAGAACUACAUCUUGUUGCCCCAUUUCGUGAUGAUAAGAUGUUUCAAGUUAAUAUGAGCCAUCAAUUUUUCCCAGUCCAAUGGGUCGAACGUGUCUUACCUCUUGGGAGGUAAGAAUCUAUUAAUUCCUUUACAAGGUCAA